GGGCAGCGGUCCGGGGCCCCCGCCUCCCCCAACUCUUCGAACUACGGAGAUGCAUCGUAGGGUUCUGGGGAACGUCUGAAAGCCCAAAACAGAGCGUGAGACGGCGUCGAUCAACCGGAGUGCGUCAUGUGGGUCGGUGCGGGGCAUGCGGAUUUGUUGAGUCUACACCCGCGCCGACCUCGCCGCUGGGCUCUGUGGUCCGAGAAUUGGUCAGGAACGGUAUAUAAACCUCCCAGCCCGCACCAUCAUCCUCCCACAAACCUACCCCCAUCAUCAUGGCUGCCCUCGCACCAAUCCCCAUCUACACAAGCUUGUCUGAGUUGUAUGACAACCUCGGGACAGCCGCCAGCCACGCCCCCCGCUGGAACAACUUGAUCGACGAGUUCGAGAAGCGCUUUGGGGGGAAGCCCAAGUACAUCGCGCGUGCGCCCGGAAGAGUCAAUUUGAUAGGCGAGCACAUCGACUAUGCGCUCUUCGGCGUGCAGCCGAUGGCGGUCGAAUCCGACAUCCUGAUCGCGUGCGCACCGAGCAAGGCGGGCUCCGUGCAGUUGGAGCCCGGACAUGUCGUCGCGCAGAACCUGGCCAAGAAGUACGGUCCGCAAGCGUUUGCGCCGCUCUUGCAGUCGGACAAGUUGGCGGCAUCGGAGGACGCCGUGCGCGCGUGGAAGCUGGACAUUGACACGAAGGAGCUGCACUGGGAGAGCUAUGUGAAGGCCGGAUAUUACGGUGUGCUAAACGAGUACUUUGCCUCCUCGUCUUCGGCGCCUCCGGUCCCUGUUGAUCUCCUGGUCACCGGCUCGGUUCCCGCAGGGUCCGGGUUGUCUUCGAGCGCUGCGAUGGUCGUCGCCAGCACCCUCGCCUUCCUCUCCGUCAACGGCAAGCUCGACGAGCCCGAAACCACCCGCCUCACGAAAGGCGCCCUCGUCGGCAUGGCCAUGCAGAACGAACAGCGGGUUGGCGUCAACAGUGGCGGUAUGGAUCAAGCAGCGUCCGUCAUCUCCACCCCCUCAGCGGCGCUCUACAUCACCUUCUAUCCGAAGCUCGCCGCGGACCCGACCCCACUCCCCGCUGGUGCGGUCUUUGUCAUCGCCAACAGCCUCGUUGUGUCGGACAAGGCGGUCACAGCGAAGUUCAACUACAACCUGCGUGUGGUGGAGACACUGGCUGGAGCGAGGGCGCUGGCGCGCGCGUUGAACUUGCCUGUGGGGCCGAAGGAGAAGAUCACGCUGAGAGAGGUCGUGGGGCGGUUGGUGAAGGAGGAUAAGGAGAAGCCGAUGAGCGAUGGCGAGCUCAGGGAUGUGCUCGUGCGGAUGGACAAGGAGAUUGAGGUCUUGAAGCCCAAGAAUGCGCCCGAGGGCGAGCUUGGCGUGACGCUCGAGGAGAUGAUCGAGUUGACCGGCUUGUCGAAGGAGGAGUUCCAAGACGUAUACCUUAGCUGGGUCGAAGUCGAAGCCACCCGCUUCCAGCUCUACAAGCGCGCGAAACAUGUCUUCUCCGAGGCGCUCCGCGUGCUUCAGUUCCGCGACACCUGCCUGCAGAGCCCGCCCGACGUCUUCGCGAAGCUCGGCGCGCUAAUGAACGAGUCGCAGAAGAGCUGCGCGGAGGACUACAACUGCUCGUGCAAGGAGCUCGACACGCUCACGAGCAUCGCGCGCGAGGCGGGUGCGUGGGGGAGCCGGCUGACUGGCGCGGGCUGGGGCGGCUGCUCUGUGUCGUUGGUCUCGGAGGAUAAGGUCGAGAGCUUCAUUGAGCAGGUGAAGGCGAAGUAUGAGCCGUACAAGGCUUUGUCGGAGGCUCAGCUCAAGGAUGCGAUCUUUGCGACGAAGCCUAGUAGCGGAGCGUGCGUGUUCAAGUUCGAAGAGUAGAGAAAGAAGCAGCCAAUAGAAAUGUAAUUAUGUGCCAUGACCCGAUUGUAAUACUAAUGCGCGA